UAUAAAGGAGCUGGGGCCUGAUUUCUUCAGCGGGCUAAGAAGAAGGUCCAGGAGGCAGGGGAAGGAGACCCCUAUCUGUCCUUCUUCUGGAAGAGCUGGAAAGGAAGUCUGCUCAGGAAAUAACCCUGGAAGAUGGUGGCCAUGAAGACCUUCACUCCAAUGCUGCUGUCCCUGUUCCUGGCAGUGGGACUAGGAGAGAAGAAAGAGGGUCACUCCAGUCUUCUCCCCUCCCUGCCUCUCGGAUCUCAUGCUAGGAUGAGCAGCCCUCAACCUCGAAGCCCCAGGUACGCCGAGGGGACUUUCAUCAGUGACUACAGUAUUGCCAUGGACAAGAUUCACCAACAAGACUUUGUGAACUGGCUGCUGGCCCAAAAGGGGAAGAAGAAUGACUGGAAGCACAACAUCACGCAGAGGGAGGCGGAGGCACUAGAGCUGGCCAGUCAAGCUAAUAGGAAGGAGGAGGAGGCAGUGGAGCCACAGAGGUCCCCACCCAAGAACCCCAGCAAUGAAGAUUUGCUUCGGGACUUGCUGAUUCAAGAGCUGUUGGCCUGCUUGGUGGAUCAGACAAACCUCUGCAGGCUCAGGUCUCGGUGACUCUGACCACACCCAGCUCAGCACUGGAUUCUGCCUUCACUUAGCUCCUGCCUCAGCCCCACUCCGGAGGAGCCAAGAAAAGCCAAACCAAUAAAGUCUAUGCUGAGAUAAGU